AUGACGGAUGUGGAAGGACGGACACCGUUAUCGUGGGCUGCAGAGAACGGACACGAAGCUGUCGCGCGGCUACUCCUCAAGAACGGCGCUGACGCCCGGGAGAUACGUAGGGGAGUACGAGCGCCGCUAUCGUGGGCUGCGGAGAACGGGCACGAGGCCACCGUGCGGCUUCUCCUUGAGAACGGCGCCGACGUCCACGCGAGUAGAGGAGGACGGAGGGCGCUUUACGCGGCUGCGCAGAACGGGCACGAGGCCACCGUGCGGCUUCUCCUUGAGAACGGCGCCGACGUCCACGUGAGUAGAGGAGGACGGAUGGCGCUUUACGCGGCUGCGGAGAACGGGCACGAGGCCACCGUGCGGCUUCUCCUUGAGAACGGCGCC